GUUAACUAUUUGUCUACCCCGGUCAUCUUAAACUGACCAAUCAAUAUGAGCCCCCAUUCGGAUGAUGACGAUUUCCCUUCAAAAGAUGAAGAUGAAGUCUCCAUACCACGCGCGUCUCUUAAUAAGUUCGUGAAAGAAAUAGUUCCCGAUGCGCGGUUAACUACUGAAACCCGUGACCUUCUCCUCAAUUGUUGUCACGUUUUUAUUCACAAAUUAGCCACUGAAGCAAAUAUAGCAUGUUCUAAAGCUAACAAGAAAACGAUCAGCCCACAACAUAUACUUGAGGGUUUGGAUGCAAUGAACUUAUCCUCAUACAAAGAACACGUCGAACUUGCAUGCCAGGAAGCGAAGGAAGAAAUAAAAGGUCGCAAAAUGCUCAGCGCCAGUUACAGAUUCAAGCAUCAGGAUAGUGAGGAACUGGAAAGGCUGGCGAAAGAACAGCAGGAGAUAUUCGAGCAGGCUAGGGCUGACUUCAUUGGCGAACGUCUGGACAGGGGAGAUUUAUUAGCAGCUUCAAAUUAUGCCGCAUUAGAUUUUGGCAACUACGUGACAGGACCGUCGCAGACUCCCAACUGUUCAGAUGUUAAUUCUAGAGGCGUUACAACGAAUGAAUCGUCUACUUUACCCACGGCUACUGGGUCUGGACGUAUUCUAGGGUCCGCAGUCAUAGGCGAUGAUGAUAACUACGAUGAAUAAAAACUUACCCGGUGUUUUAUUAUUACUGUAUAAAUAUAACUGAUUUAAUAAAUUA